AUGGAAGACCAGAAGGAUGACCUGAGGAAGAUCGUCACAACCCUUGCGGUAAAGAACGAAGAGAUCCAAAAUUUCAUCUAUUUGCUCAAGCAGAUGCUUCAAAAUGUGGAGAGUAAUUCGAAUCGGGUUCAAGAGGACUUGGAAGCCGAGUUCCAAUCUCUGUACCUCCUGCUGGAUGAGCUCAAGGAAGGCAUGUUGAUGAAGAUCAAGCAAGAUCGAGCCAGCCGCACUUACGAGCUGCAGAACCAGCUGGCGGCAUGCACAAAAGCCUUGGAAAGCUCAGAGGAACUUUUAGAAACUGCCAACCAGACCCUCCAAGGGGCCGAGAAUCAUGAUUUCUACCAGGCUGCUAAACAGAUCAAAGACAGUGUGACGAUGGCUCCGGCCUUCCGCCUCUCUCUCAAGGCCAAAGUAACCGACAACAUGAGCCAUUUAAUGGUGGAUUUUGCCCAGGAACGCCAAAUGCUACAGACUCUCAAAUUCCUGCCAGUUCCCAGCGCGCCCGAGAUAGACGUGGCUGAAUCGUUGGUGGCCGACAACUGCGUAACGCUCGUUUGGAAAAUGCCGGAAGAAGAUAGCAAGAUUGACCAUUACGUGAUGGAAUAUCGCAAGACCAACUUCGAAGGGCCUCCUCGGGUCAAGGAAGACCAUCCUUGGAUGGUUAUUGAAGGGAUCAAACAAACUGAGUAUACAUUGUCUGGGCUUAAAUUUGAUAUGAAGUACAUGAAUUUUCGGGUCAAAGCUUGCAACAAAGCCGUUGCAGGAGAGUUUUCGGAGUCAGUCACUUUGGAAACAAGAGCCUUCAUGUUCCGCCUGGAUGGCAGCACCAGCCACCUGAAUCUCAAGGUGGAAGACCUGAGUGUGGAAUGGGACGCCAUGGGCGGGAAGGUGCAAGACAUGAAAGCGCGAGAAAAGGACGGGAAGGGCCGAACUGCCUCCCCGGUUAAUUCUCCAGCCAGGUGCGUCCAGUCUCCAAAAAGGAUGCCAACAGGCCGCGGAGGGAGAGACCGAUUCACCGCCGAAUCCUACACGGUGUUAGGUGACACCUUGAUUGACAGUGGUGACCACUACUGGGAGGUACGCUAUGAUCGAGACAGCAAGGCCUUUGCGGUGGGCGUGGCUUAUCGGACUUUGGGCAAAUUUGACCAGCUGGGCAAAACUUCUUCUUCUUGGUGCCUUCAUCUGAACAACUGGCUACAGGUCAGCUUCACAGCCAAACACAACAACAAAGCCAAAAUCUUGGACAUCCCAGUUCCGGAUAUUCUAGGCGUCUAUUGCAAUUUCCACGAAGGAUUUCUCUCUUUCUACAACGCCAAAACCAAACAGUUGCUGCACACGUUUCGGGCCAAAUUUACCCAACCGGUUCUCCCGGCCUUUAUGGUGUGGUGUGGCAGCUUCCACGUCUACUCCGGUUUGCAAGUUCCCAGCGCCGUCAAAUGCCUUCAGAGGCGCAACAGCGCAACAAGCAGUUCCACCACCAGUCUCACUUAAUGACACCCAUCACAUUCCUCCUCUCCAAGACGGAGAGACGGUCCAUUCACGGUCACAGGCCCCACUGUAUUU